AAGACCCACCUCUUGACCGCAUGCCGGUGCUUCAUCUUCUCCCUCUUCGUAAAAUCACUGAAAGCCAAGAUUCGAUCUAAGGGCAAGCAAUCUACAAUCUGAAGUUGAAGAAGUCGCUUAGAUCAGGUUACUGGUGGCGUGAUUGAAGAAAUGAAUGAAAUAUGUGAUGAUGGUGAGUUAUCUGCAAAUUUGAUUGCCCUGCCAACAUUGGACUUGCGAGGUAGGGAUGUCAUUAAAUUACAAAUGUUGGGAUGGUUGUUUGGAAUUUUGGGGAUGUGUGGUAUCGGAAAAAUGAAUGCCAUGAAGUGCGUUAACAAUGAGUACGAUGGAUUUCCCUUUGCAAUUGUUAUAAUAACAACUUGCAUGAAAGGAAGAUCAUACACAUGCUCACUAUAUCCUGAAGACCGUGCAAUCCCAAGCUUGAAAAGAAUUGCUUGUUGGAACACAUUCGAAAUGGAGUUAAUGAGCAUGGAAGAUGCAUGAUCUUUUGAGAGACAUGGCAUUGCGCAUCAUGGGUUUGCUUCCUUCUCUAUUAUUCAUGACUCUUUUAUACUUUAAAGUAUCCAUCAACAACUACCUUAUAAAGAUUAUGUAUUGCAGGUACUCGAUCUAUUGCAUAAACAAGGAACAAUGGACAGAAAACCUUGAAAAGAUUUUCUUAAAUAGCAAUAGAUUGAUAUAUGUUAAAAAAUAUAAAUUUUAUUACUUUUAGGUAAUUAAUUAACAAUUUCAGAAUCUUUGUUUGAGCAUAUGCUUGGGCUAAAGAUUCUUGAUCUUUCCUAUAUUUAUAACCCAAGUAGUCUACCAAGUUCCAUCUCCAAAUUAGGAAAUGUCACUACCAAAUCCCUUUGUUGUUAGAUGAAAUGUAAGCAUUCAAAGAUGAUGCUGUAUUCAUCAAAGAUGUCCUCUAGUAUGGAAAUGUUAACAAAUCUCAAAUAUAUCUAUCUUUUUUAUACAAGAUAGAGAAAUACCUCGAUGGGAUAUUCUGAUAAUGUGAUGGUGUGAUCUUUCUGAACGGGAGAAGACUGGAAAAAUGAAGAAGGUGGAGAUUCUAACUUGAUUUUCGUCUACCAAACUUGAAUGGGGUAUGUUUAUCAAAUCUCUUCAAAAUCCAAGGGAUUGGAUUAGGUUUUACUAUCUUGAUGUUGGAAGCUCGGCUGUCAUCUUAGUAGGUCUGGAUACCUUGACUUGCAACAAUUGGAUAUAUAUAGAGCUGGUUAUUAUGCUUGUGCCUACAUGACUCGUUUGAGAGCUUGUAUGAUAUGUCCUGAAAAAUGCAGCUGAAUUGCUGAGAUGCAGAAUUGUUUGUUGUCUAGAGGCAUGGAUUGUGUUCUUCCCUUCUCUGGUUCAAUCCUUUUUUCGGUGCGUGCUUUGGGCAACUGCUUCGACUGCUUCUGGUUUUUUUUUUUUUUAACAAAGUUACAAAUAUGGGGGAGGGAGGAAUCGAACCUCAACCCUCGGGCUAAAAAGAUGCACUUUACAAGUCAGCCUAUGACCGUUGGGCCAUGAGGCCCAAGUGCCAACUGCUUCUUGUUUGUUACACCUACUAAUGAAGUUUUUAAUGCUUGUUUUUCAAAAGAAAUGCUACGCCUAAGCAUUCUUUAAUUCUG